AUGGAGAAGAUGCUCCACGCAGCCCCCGUCCACGCGACGCUCCCGGAGUGCUUCAUCUUCCCGGCCGACAAGCUGCCGCAGGCGAAGGCGACCUCCGGCGCGGUCUCCCUGCCCAUCAUCGACUUGUCCCUGGGCCGCGACGAGGUCCGGCGCGCCAUCCUCGACGCCGGCAAGGAGAUCGGCUUCUUCCAGGCAUGUAUAGUGGUGAACCACGGCGUGUCCCUGGAGGCGAUGCGGGACAUGGAGGCGGUGUGCCAGGAGUUCUUCGCGCUCCCGCAGGAGGACAAGGCCGGGCUCUACUCCGAGGACGCCGGGAAGGCCACCCGGAUCUACUCCAGCACCAUGUUCGACACGGGGGCCGAGAAGUACUGGCGCGACUGCCUCCGCCUCGCCUGCUCCUUCCCCGACGUCGGCGACAGCCCCAGCGGCUGGCCAGACAAGCCGGCGAGGCUGCGGGAGGUCGUGGAGAGGUUCACGGUGCAGACGAGGGGGUUGGGGAUGCAGAUCCUAAGGCUGCUCUGCGAGGGCCUCGGCCUCCGCCCGGACUACCUGGAGGGGGACAUCAGCGGCGGCGACGUCGUGCUCCACGUCAACCACUACCCGCCGUGCCCCGACCCGACCGCCACGCUCGGCCUGCCGCCGCACUGCGACCGCAACCUCCUCACCUUGCUCGUCCCCAGCAUGGUCCGUGGCCUCGAGGUCGCCUACAAGGGCGACUGGAUCAAGGUGGACCCCGUGCCCGGCGCCUUCGUCGUCAACUUCGGAUGCCAACUUGAGGUUGUGACGAAUGGGGUGCUGAAGAGCAUCGAGCACCGGGUGAUGACCAACCUGGGGGUGGCGCGGACGACGGUGGCCACGUUCAUCAUGCCCACCACGGACUGCCUCAUCGGCCCCGCCGCCGAGUUCCUCAGCGACGACAACCCGCCGGCCUACCGCACGCUCACGUUCGGCGAGUUCAAGCGCAUCUACAGCGUCGUCAAGCUGGGGUCGUCGCUCAACCUCACCACGAAUCUCAAGGACGUGCAGAAGGAGCUCUGA